AUGUCCGAUCUGAGCAAAAACUUUGAGACGUUGCAGCUCCAUGCUGGCCAGGAGCCUGAUCCGACGACCAAGUCCAGAGCCGUGCCCAUCUACGCCACCACUAGCUACACCUUUGAUGACUCGGCUCACGCAGCGAGGCUGUUUGGCCUCAAGGAGUUUGGCAACAUCUACAGCCGCAUCAUGAACCCCACCGUCGACGUCUUUGAAAAGAGAAUCGCCGCUCUCGAGGGCGGUGUUGCCGCGCUCGCCACCUCGUCCGGCCAGGCCGCCCAGUUCAUCGCCAUCAGCACCCUGGCCCACGCCGGCGACAACAUCGUGUCGACGAGCAACCUGUACGGCGGCACGUACAACCAGUUCAAGGUCUUCCUCCCCCGGCUGGGCAUCACGACCAAGUUUGUCGACGUGGACAAGCCCGAGGACGUCGCUGCCGCCAUCGACGACAAGACCAAGGCCGUGUACGUCGAGAGCAUCGGCAACCCGCGCUACAACGUCCCCGACCUCGAGGCCAUCGCCCGGGCGGCCCACGCGAAAGGCGUCCCGCUGGUCGUGGACAACACCUUUGGCGCCGGCGGCUACUUCAUCCGUCCCAUCGACCACGGCGCCGACAUUGUCGUCCACUCGGCCACCAAGUGGAUCGGCGGCCACGGCACCACCAUUGCCGGCGUCGUCGUCGACUCGGGCAAGUUCGACUGGGGCCGGCACGGCAGGCGGUUCCCCCAGUUCGUCGAGCCGUCCGAGGGCUACCACGGGCUCAAGUUCUGGGAGACGUUUGGCAACGUCGCCUUCGCCAUCCGGGCGCGGGUCGAGGUCCAGCGGGACCUGGGAGCCGCCCUGAACCCCUUUGCCGCCCAGCAGCUGCUCCUGGGCAUCGAGACUCUCAGCCUGCGGGCCGAGAGACACGCCCAGAAUGCCCUGGCCCUGGCCAAGUACCUCGAGGGCAGCGCCCACGUGAGCUGGGUCAGCUACCCCGGCCUGGAGAGCCACGCCCACCACAAGGCGGCCCGCAAGUAUCUCACCAAGGGAUUCGGCGGGGUGCUGAGCUUCGGCGUCAAGGGCGGCGGCGCGGCCGGCAGCCAGGUGGUGGAUGGCUUCAAGCUCAUCUCCAACCUGGCCAACGUCGGCGACGCCAAGACGCUGGCUAUACACCCCUGGACCACCACGCACGAACAGCUGUCUGAGGAGGAAAGGCUCAGCUCGGGCGUCACAGAGGACCUCAUCCGCGUCUCCGUCGGUAUCGAACACAUUGACGACAUCAUCGCUGACUUUGAGCAGUCGUUCAAAGCUGCCGCGGCGGCGGGCCCCACGUCGUGA